AAGUACCUUAGAAUUAUGCAUUUUACUUUGUGGAUGUGCAUACUUUUAAAUUCAAACAUCUUGUCAGCUGGUUUGAAUGUUAAGAGAAAAUCAUGGCCUAUAUUAAAAAAUUUUGAUAUAUGGAACACAGCAAGCGGUGCCAAAACGUUUGAAAAUAAUAAUAUCGAUCAGUUUAAAAAUGAUGAAAUAAUAAAACAAAAAAGUACUCAAAUUAGAAAAGGCAAAGUGUUUCACUUGUUUCCGGUUCCUGUGGAUGGGGAGUGUCUUUCAAACGAUGGUAGGCGAACUGGAAUAUGUUUAAAUGUAUACGAGUGCCGACUUAAAGGAGGAAUUGCCCAUGGAGAAUGUUCUAUGGGAUUUGGUGUUUGUUGUAUAUUUUUAGCUACCUGUGAUCAGACCAUUCGCAACAACAUAACCUAUUUAGUGUCGCCGAAUUUCCCCAGUUCAAUGCCUCAAAACUUAACUUUUUGCAAAUACAAACUGAGAACGAUGGACUCUAAUGUGAGUCAACUCCGCAUUGACUUCAUUCAUUUUUCUCUCGGCCAACCUAAUAGAAAGACGGGAUUAUGUGAUGGAGAUGUUUUUAAUGUAACUGGAGGUCCAUCUGGCAGCUUUUUACUAUGUGGACAAAAUAGUGGGCAACAUGUUUAUUAUGAUGUGGAAGCACGUAAAAUCAGUCAUUCUCGAAAAAAAAAUAAACAAUCGUUGGUUAAAAGUAAUACUACAAUGCUUAAUACUACCGUACUUGAGGAACAAAUGAUUGAAAUAACAAUGAAUUUUUCCAAUCGUUUUUCGCCUAUACGGUUUUGGGAAGUACGUAUCGCACAGAUUCCUUUCAGUCAAAGGGCUCCAGCAAACUGCCUACAGUAUUAUACCGGAAAUGAAGGAGUUGUACAGACAUUCAAUUUUGCGGAUAAUGGACGGCAUUUAGCGAAUCAAGAUUACAAAGCUUGCAUUCGACAGGAAGAAAAAAUGUGUUCUAUAAUAUAUCAACCUUGUGAUGAUCAGUCUUUUAAAAUUGGGCCAACAAAGCUAGUUACUCAACAACAUCACAGCAUAAUGAUGGGAGAAGCCGCUGAAUCAGCUCAAGGUAGUUUUAUAAACAAUAGUUCAACAUUUUCCGAAGAUCAAGUUUCGACUAUGAGUUCUAUUACGAGUUCUAUACCAGCGGAAACAACAAAUGCUACUAUGGCGUUAUCUGAUUCUGAGGGUUCAGGAGAAGAGAAUAUUCAAACAAGUGGUACAGCAACUUCUGAAAAACCAGUCCGUGGAGGUUUUGAUAUUUUGUCACUUUUUCGAAGCGCAUUUAGUUUUCGAAACUUAGCCAGAUCUAAUAGACAAUUUUUCACUACGUGUAAUGAUCGCAUUACUAUGCCUUGUAUAAUAGAAGACUUUGUUGGUGUUGGAAUGGGUCCCCUUCCAGGAUGCGAACCAGUUCAUUGUGGGAACCAGUUUUGUGCUUCAAAUGUUAAGCCUUGUCGUAUUGAGUCAACAGUUACACCUUUUUAUUUAGGUGUGCACUUUGGAAAAGGAGUUGGUAAAGGCAGUGCGGAGGAAAAUAUUGGAGCAUGUAUUCGCUUUACACAGAUGCAAUGCGUUUAAAUAUUCGUGCUGGUUAUUUAUUUUAUUUAAAUAGUAUUUUAUUUAAUCAAUCGUAUUAAAGUACAAAUUGAACAACUACAUGCAUAUGUAUGUACAUUGUUUCUUAUUAAUUUAAUUAUAAUUUUAUCAUGUAAAAACAGAAUUGAUAUGUAGAUACAUAAAUAUACUCGUAUAUAAAAAUAAAAUAGAAACUAAAUAUUGCCAAGAAU